UGCCAGCAUUCACAUCUAACAGUAAUUCUCAUAUAGGUGCAGAGUCCCCUCCCCUUAAUGCCAUGUCACUCUCUUCAACUCUUGACAUUGAUGGAAGCUCACCAAGGACAGACUCAAACCCAUCACUUGAGGCAAGUUUGGAUCCUGCACAGUGGCUGAAUGCUGGUACCCCAGAGGUCUUUUACAGAAGGGCACAUGUGGAACCACCUAAUAGUACUUCUAUCAAUGACUUUGUCAUUGAUGAUUCAGAGGAAGGGGAAGAGGACGAUAACAUUGCAGUUCCUUUUGAAAGUGACAUGCCUACGUCUGAGGAAGUGGAGCUUGCCAUAAUUCUGAGCGCUUUUCGAGAGGAUCACCUUUCUGGGGGCGUCAUAUCCACUUGUUGUAUCAGGAGGAAAAAGCUUCUGGAGAGUGCCAUUAAAGCAAUCUCCAGAGUCACUUUCUGUUGGACCGAUUCACCACAGAUUGAGUUUGUAGGAGAAGAUGCAGAUGAUAUGGGGGGACCACAGCGAGAGUUUUUCAGACUCUUGAUGAUAGAGGUUCAGACCUCUCUUGGCAUUUUCGAAGGAAAGGCUGGCCAGGUCUUUCUUAGUUACGACCAAGCAGCAUUAGACCAAAAUAAGUACUUCAAAGCUGGGAAUCUUAUCGCUUGGUCGAUUGCACAUGGAGGUCCAUGCAUCAAAGCCCUGGAUCCCAGCCUCUUCCAGCUGAUGUGUGGCCAGGAGCCACAGCUUGAGCAGUUUGACUGGCAGUUGCUGCCUGACCCAGAGGUGCAAAGCAAAGUCAAAAGGAUCCUAGAGUGCAAGACUGCAGGGGACCUGACAGCACUCCAGAAAGACUUGGGGGACUGGAUUAAUGAGUGUGGUGUCCCAUUCAUAUUCACAGCUACAAUUGAAGACAUACCAAAAAUCUAUGCUUACGUGGUGAAGCACUACAUCUUUCUCAGAACGGCCAGAAUGGUACACCAGUUCACAGAGGGAAUGAACGCUUUUGGGAAGCUGUGGGACCUGGUAAAGGAGAACUGGAUUGCCUUCCUACCAUUGUUCACCAACAUGCAGGAGCCUUUGUCAAAGGCAGCAUUCAAGGCCAUCUUCACUUACAGUUACAGCAGUAGAGGAACCAACCGACGUGAGGAAGAGGAGGACACCAUCUACUGCUGGGAGCUGGUUCUGAACAUGAUUGAAGACAAAUUGACUGAACUCAGAUUCGAAGACCUUCUGAUAUUCAUCACUGGUGCAGAUGAAGUCCCUGCCCUUGGGUUUCCAAAUAAGCCCUGCAUUGACUUCUUUGAACAGGAGUCAGGCCAGCGACGUUUGCCCUACGCCUCGACUUGCAUGAUGUGCUUGUUCCUUCCUAGAGGAAUCACGCAGGAGGACGAAUUACAUCGGAUGCUUUUUCAGGCCACUAAAGACUCUUUGGGAUUUGGAAAGGUUUAGUCCUUACCAAUUUAAGCUCAGAGUAGCAGAAUCCUGGCAGGAUUAGCUGAUACUUUCAGUCAGUUUGCACCAUCUUAACUAAAAAAAAACAAUGUUAAAAUAUGGCUAGUCCCCCCUAACAAGUUCUAAAGUCUGUGUUCUUGUUUAUGUAAAAUCUACAUUGGUGCUUGUAAAGCCUGCUACUUAUGACCAUUUUAUUAUUGACUAAUGAGCCAAUGAUAAACUGUAUUUGCAUGACAGCCUUGUUUUUGUGAUGUAAAGCUCAGGAUCAGAGGCUAAAUGUUAUCAUUUCUUACUGCUUUGUUCUAGGUUGUUCAUCGCAUAAAUUAUGCUUGAUCUCACAGAAACAUGGCAUUCAUGGAAAUAUAUAUAUCAUCUCCAUCCCCAUUGGCUGGUGAAAACACAUCAGCUCCCCACGCAGAAAUGUCCCAAGUCAAGUAAAACAUCAAAAUCCAGACAAAGGACAGGCUGUCUACAGACCAAGUCACCACCACACAUUUACUGUAUAGAGGCAAUACGUAAUGACUGAGUUGCAUUGCUUCUGCACAAGUCUUUUUUUUUUUUGGAUAAAGUUUCUGCCUCCAUCAUUUUAUUGUCUUUUCAAAACAAUAAUUAGCAAGUUCAUUGUGUUCUGAGAAUAAUGUUUUGAAGCUCUCUUGCACACACAAGAUACCUGUCCUUUAAGUGUGUUAUUCCAGCAAUUGCAUUUUGAAGAGCCUGGUGUUGAUCAGAGCUUAUGUUGAGUGGUUGUUGCACAAUCACUGCUUGUUCCAAGUCUUCUCUGUUUGCUUGUAACUGGGUUAGCUGUAUGCCAUGUCUUGCCAAGCAAGCCUCAAGAUUUUCUUCAAUGUAAGGGUCAACUCCAAAAACAUUGUUAAGAGCUGUUGACUCCUGCUCAAUGUUGGCCAGCAUGCCCUCCAUCCAUAUUUGUGUUGGUGUACGGUUAUUAGCCGUUCUAAUUUUAUGGUUGUUCCAUGCUUGUCUAAAUAAAUCUAGACGUUUUUGGAUUUCGGGCUUGUAAA